UUUACAUUGUUUCAUAGUUUUAAUUUUGUUUCUUUUGUAGGAUCACGUCGUGACACCUUAGAUGGUAAUGAAGAUCGUGUACGAGAUCUUCCACCGAGAGGUGGUCAUCAAGGUGGUGCAGGAAAUUCAGGGUACAUGGGCGGUAGACAAGGUCGCCCACCGGUUCAACGUAGAGAUCGUAGAGACGAACGUCGUCGAACGACGGAUGAUGAAGACACUGUUCUUGAUAGUCAAGACGUUUCAAGCAUUGAUAGAGAAUCGGUGUCGAGUGUGGAGGGAGGUGCAAAAGUGAUCAGACGAAGAAGAGCUCGGCGAUCUCGACAGAGAAGUCAAACGCCAACUAAUAGUGAUAAAGGCAGUAAUGCCGGACCGGGUGACCAGUCAACAAUAACUAGUAAGGAAGGAACGCCUGCAAAUGACGUAUCUGUGGCGAACAAUAGUUCUCAAGGUUCAAAAGGUCAUCCUCGACAUCGUCCUCCCCGAAUGCAGUUGAGCAACAAGCCUAAGGAAGCUCUGGUGAAUGGUACCAGUGGCUAAACAACCGUAAUGGUUAAACCGUAACAGCUGCUACUUACGUAUAACACUACACCUGAUGAUGAGCUAUUAACACCCAGCACGUAACAUGACGUAUACCUACGCAAGGACUUCACGAUUAUGGAUCGCGACAUGAUUAGUCUACGCUCGUUGUUAAGACUGUUUGCUACCGAUAA